AUGUCGACCCAAGGGUAUACGGACUGCGUCCCUGGGACGUUCUAUGGGCUCGAGAAUAAGGAGGUCAACCCGGGUGACAUCCUCCAGCUCCGAUGGGGCGCGAUCGACAAUGGAGAUACUCCACUUAACAUCUCUCUGGGCCGCGCCGGAGGCACUCUCAUCGACGAAAUCACGGUGGGCGCGAAGUUCACCACAACCAGCUCUCUGUACCAACUCGUCGUCAAUGAGACCGCCAACUGCACCUUGGAACAAUACACCUGGGCCAUCCCCAGCGAUUUCAACACCACCAACCCGCAAUACCAGAUUGGACUAUUCAACGCCACCGCCAAGUUAGGUACCUACGGAAUCGAUUUGUACGGCUGGAUCAGCUGGAGUGAUUACUUCUACGUGCGCGAAAAGGGCACCGCGACGACGACCACCUCAUCCACCACUGCGACCUCGACUGGCUCAGCACAGUCCACCGGUGCCGCGACCUCUGGCUCGUCCUCGACCACCUCUUCGCCCGCUUCCUCCCACAGCUCCAGCUCCAGCUCCAGUAGCGUCGGCGUCGGCGUCGGCGUCGGCGUGGGUGUCGGUGCCGCCGCUGUGAUUGGGGCCCUCGCAUUCUUCUUCCUCCGUCGGCGAAAGCAGAGGCAGAGGAUGGCCCCGAUUCCAACCCAGGAGACGAGUGAAGUGGCGGGAUCGCCGCUGUACGAAUUACCUGCCCCAGCGAAGAAGCAGCCGGUUCAAGAGGGGACGCAGAUGUACGAGCUGCAAGGAUGA